GUACGCUUCAAGGUAAGGCACAGUGUCUGUGUACCUGUUUCUGUCACCACACUAUCGUUUCUCGCCAGCUAGCGUUCUAAUUGCCGACAAGAGCGCCUUAGGUUUGUACUGACUCAACCUCCGGUAUUGACUCAGCCAUGGCAUAUAUACUAAACCGGUACGCUUACUUGGCAACGACGACAACAUCCUAUGCCCCGUGAUGCUCAUCCUUAUCAAUGCUCUCCGCCAUAGCAACGUCAAAGGCGGCAACACAAUCGCAGAUUUCCUCGCCCAUGCUGCCACUCAUCCACUGCAGCGAAUCGAAUGGGUCAAUCCAGUCCUGCCCGUGAUAUCCCACGUCACCGUUGCUCAUACCGUGUCCAGGGACAAGCCGAUGAAAACGUCUUCUGCGAGUAUGAUCUUCAAACUAACAACGACCAUAGUCGAUUCUAACGUGUUCAUUCGAUCGCAUGAUCUAUGUUAUGGUACUACUGAAGAUCUCCUUAACAUCGUACGCGAUCAACAUAUGAGACUAUCAGAUAUUAGUGAAGAACUUAACCACAAUGGCGCAUCCGCAAAUGGAAAGCUCACAAAGCGGUAUACGGAAAACCACUCGACACAAGAUACGUGGCAAGAGCGCGUCAAUUUGCACGAGAGUCUGGAAGCUUACAAUACUUUCAGUAUAUAUAAGGUCUCGUCUUGA